AUGUGGUUGGAGGAAAGACAAAUCCACCACGGAAUGGAGGAGGAAUUAGAAACAAUAAGAUAUUAUUUCAGAAGAAGUUACGACUAUAAUGCGAUAUUAGAGUUUUUAGACAAAUACCAUUACAUAAGGAUGUUGAAACAGACUCUCUUAAACCGUUUAAGAGAUUAUGGCGUGAACAGGCGAAAUCGCAACAUUGACGAAGAUCUCGUUCGCGAUCAUAUUAACAGGGAAUUGCGAGCAAUGUGGCGAAACCUUCACUUGAAAUAUGACAUUAAUGUACCAAGGUCAGCGGUAGAAGAAUUAAUGAGAGAAAUUGAUCCUGAAGGUGUCAGAAGCCGAAAAGCCCACAGGCUAAAAAGAAGAAAGUAUUCUAAUCCCGGGCCAACUUACUGGCACGUCGACGGGUAUGACAAACUCAAACCUUAUGGGCUGCCUAUACACGGGUGUAUCGAUGGUAUUAGUCGACGUUUGAUAUGGCUGAAAGAGGAAAAGAGCAAUAUCGAUCCUAGAGUAAUCGCAAACUUAUUCAAAAACGCUAUCAUUGAGAUAUAAGGUUGCCCAACACUUCCGGAAAAUUGACCAAGGGACAGAAAAUUCAAUCGUCUCGUCAGCCCAAUGUUUCUUUAGAAGAAAUGGAACCAAUUCUCUUGCUGGUUUGAAAGCCCACCGCUUUGGCUCUUCUCAUAGCAACCAGCGCAUCGAGGCUUGGUGGGCAUUUCUAAGAACAUGGAGUACUUGUUGGAUGAAUUUCUUCAAAGACAGGAUACAUGAAGGCAACCUCGAUGCACGUAAUAAAUUACAUCUUGAAUGUAUCUGGUUCUGCUUUAAGAAUCUCAUACAAAACGAAUUAAAUGGCGUUAUGGAAGAGUGGAAUAUUCAUUACAUUCGCAAGUCUCGAUUUCAAACGGCCUCAGGCAUCACAAACAAUCUCUUUUUCCUACCUGAAAGUGUUGGUGCCACAGACCACAUACAUCCGUAUAACUGGGAAGAUGUUGAGGAAAUCAAUAAUGAACUCCACAUACCUGAGAAUGAUGAUUCCUUGAUUUAUCAGGAAUAUUUUUCUUAUGUCAGUUACAUUAUUAGACUUGCAUGGUGA